GAGCGUUGCAUUCACAAAAAGAUUCUUGGAUCACCCCAAGUUCUUGGCAUCGCUUGCCAAUGCCUGUGACUGCUAAAGCAGGAAACAAUCAGAGUAAACUUUUACUAUACCAAAAACAGUGUUCAAACAAUGACACCUGUCAAUGGGCACAAAAGAAAUUUGGUGGUGUUUCAGACGGUUCCAUUGUUCACACUUCCAUUGGAGUUAAAAACUGUCAAUCUGUUAAAAGGAUGAACGUUGUUAAAGAAGAGCCCAUGGAGAUUAUAUCAGAUCCCUGCAGUCAAGAAGCCAUCCAAAAGCUUCCUGAAAAUGCAGGGGGGUCAUCGAAGCUCACCGAAGGCGAGUAUUUUCGCACUAUUAGCAUGAGUGUGAGACAGGAUGGUAGAGCUUCUCAAGUAGCAAAAGCUGAUAUGGUUGGUCAAGUGGUGACUAGUGAUGGAGUUGCUCAUGUAGUGAAAACUGAUGAAGUGGCGAAAACAGAUACGGUUGUUCAAGUGGUGAAAACUCAAGUGGCGAAAACUGGAGGAGUUGCUCCAGUGGUGAAAGCCGAUAGUGUUGUUCAAAUGGUCAAAGCAGAACCUGUUAAUUUAGUUGGAACUGAAAAUGGUCAAUCUGCUAAAGUUAUGAAGGUUGUAAAAAAAGAGCCCGUGGAAAAUAAAUCAGCUCCCUGCAGUCAGGAGAUCAUGGGAAAACUUUGCGGGGAAUCUUCAGGGGUCACCAAAGACUCGCUUCUUGGUAGUACAGUCCCUCAAGUGGCGGUGAAAACUGAAGGCAUUGAUUUUGAUCGAAGUUUUCCCACCUUCUCCCCUUGGACUAGAGUUCCUCUAGUGGCGGUGAAGACUGAAGUCGUUGAUUUAGAUGAACGUUCUCCCACAUUCUCUCCCUUGUUGGCUAUAGGCGGUGAAUCUUUUAUUGAGUUGCCAGAGUGUUUGCCAUUUCCAGUUGUGAGGGGCAGAGCAGAUGUAGAGAGGAAGACGGUGUACAUUCGAGAUUCUGCCAAGAGAUUGUGGCCAGUAAACUACCAUGAGAAACCAGGCUUGACGGUUUUAGUGUCUGGUUGGGCGGGUUUGAGCAAAGCAAAUCGCAUCAAGUCUGGAGAUCAGUGUUGUUUUACUCUCGAAGUUGAAUCUGACGGUAUAUAUGCACUCACUGUAGUUCCAAAGUAAAAAAGAUACAAAGUUCACAUUUCCCUUUGCAAACAAGUACUUCGUCUUCGUGUAAGAACUGAAAAAUAGUGUAAAUAAUCUAAUUACUAGGUGGCAGAAACUAGAAAGUUAUCAUCAAACCCUUUUGAUAUUUUCUAUCACAUGUG